AUGGCGAAGCGAUGGCGGCAUUGGGAGCGGCGCCGCUGCUGGCGCUGGUCCUGCGCUGGUGAAUGCAGCUGGAUGGAUCAGGGCGCCGCUGGCAAUAAACUAGACAUUUGUUUCGGGAGGGCCGUUUGGCUCAGUUCUCCCGAGUUAUUGGCAUUUUCCUGCUUCUGGCAUGGCCACAUGAGCUUCAGGUCUAGAAUUGAGCUCAGCCUCACGUGGUUUGGGUAAGAGCGAUAUAGUUUUUGAGCAGCAGCGAUGGAAGCAACAACAACGAGAAGCGAGGCUUCUUGGUUUCAUCCCAAGCUUGCGGAUCAAAACCUGCCAGAGAGAUGGGGCCAUUCUGGAGUCUACUGCGAUGGGAAGCUCUACAUCUACGGGGGAUGCCGUGGUGGUCUCCAGUUCAGUGAUGUCUUGAUGCUGGAUCUGGAGACGAUGUCUUGGGAGAAUCUUGUCACAACGGGCGAAGAGCCUGGUCCCCGGGACAGUCACACUGCCGUGCUUUACGAUCACCAAAAAAUGAUAGUUUUUGGGGGUACAAGUGGAUCAAAGAAAACUAACGCUGUUCACGUACUUGAUCUAAAGUCUUUGGUCUGGGCUCGGCCAUCUAUGCAAGGCUCUCUUCCUGCUCCAAGAGAAAGUCACACGGCAACUAUGAUUAGUGAGAAUCAGGCCUUGGUUUUUGGUGGAAGUGGUGACAACGGAGAUUAUUUGAGCGACACUCACAUCCUGGAUUGCGGGAGUAUGAAAUGGAUUUCGCUGUGCGGGAAGGGCUACUCGCCAAUUUGUCGGGACAGCCAUAGCUCGGUCGUCAUCAAGAAUCGGCUUUUUCUAUAUGGAGGUGACUGUGGAGAUCGGUACUUGGGAGAUGUGGAUGUGCUUGACUUGGAGCUCAUGACAUGGUCCAAGCUAGAGAAUGCCGGGUCAACAACGAAGCCGGGAGUGAGAGCUGGUCACGUUGCAAUAGCAGUCGACACAAAGAUGUAUGUUUUUGGAGGUGUUGGCGACCGGACGUACUACAGCGAUGUGUGGGCCAUGGACGUUGAAACGCGUUGCUGGUCUCAACUGAAAAUUCGAAGCUUGCAGCCACAGGGUCGAUUCUCUCAUGUCGCAGCUCGUGCUGAUGACGGCGUAAUUGUUUAUGGGGGAUGUGGCGAAGACGAGAGACCUCUAGACGAGUUCCUCGUCCUGUGUAUUGGUGGAGAGGAGCUGCCUAAGCCCGGUAUUUGGUCAAAGCUUAAUAACGAGCAGAGAAUGCAGAUAGUUGGACAGAAGACUUCUUCGCGGCCUUCAGUUUCCUCUCGGAAGGACGACUUGGCGACUCGCCGUGUGUUGUGCAGCGAGAAUCUGCUCAUGAAAGGCGUUCUUCAAGGCUAUGCAGCGGAAAGAACAUUUCAAAUGCACAAGAAGCGGACGUCACGCGACUUAUUAGUAUUCCGUGAGAACGACGACUGGUCCGUUGUCGAAUCCACAGUUUCAGGAAAGUGGCAAGCUCCAAAUCAUGGUUGCUCACACAACAGACAUAAAUCUCUAACUUUAAAGCUGGGGACCAAUCAUGACGCUCAGUGGUACGGCAUUCAGAUUGGAAGCGAAGUGCAUGGAGUUGUGGACGCUAUGUUCGAUUCAGGCUACCUUAUGACUACUCAUCUAAACGGCCAAGUUCUCCGCGGUGUUCUUUUCAGCCGCGAUCGCGCGAAUACGACCGAGAAAGAGGAUGUCUCGACACGAGUAGAAUCUCCGGGAAAUUUAGCGUGGCGAAGCGCUGGUGUGGCUGCUCCAAGAUCUAUCGCUGUGGAAGAAAAGCCCAGCGCGAUGUGUGACGACGAGGAAGAAGUGACGCUCAGCUUAGCUACUAAUCACGUUUAUGCGGACUAAUCACCUUUUAUGAGAAAGGGUAUUUUACUCUUU